CUCUGCGUCGUCUUCUCUUGUCUCGGAGAGAGAGGGAGAUAAAGAGGAUAGAUAACAACAAAAGCUCCUUGCAGUUUUGACAAUUAAACUUCAUAGAAAGAACGGGAUUCCCUCAUAUAGCCAGUGGGAACCACAGCAGACUUUAGUUCUCUUUCCUUUUUUCUACAGAUAGUAAUCGUUAUGUUUUAACAUAAUAUAGCGUGAAACACACGACUCGGGAUACGAUACCGUCAGGACCUGCAUCUCUCUUUUCUCGGCUGAUCUCAAGGACUAUCUGCACGUGGACUUGUGGUUUUGCGAGAGAGAAAAACAUUUCCGAACUGGAUCCGGCAUAAAGAUAUCGACUCCCUGACGCAUAUGGUGCCAGUCACUUUCAUGAGUUCAAAAUCAACUAACCAGUGAUCGCUGGGUGCUGGGGGUUUAGUCUUUCUGUUUGUCAGAAUAAUGUCUUCCAAGCAAGCCACCUCUCCGUUUGCCUCCGUCGCCGAUGGGGAGGAAGCCAUGAGUCAGGACCACCUGUCCUGGGAUAAGGAGGAGAGUGCGGAGGCCCACGGGACGCCCCAGCUGCCCCUGCACAGCCUGCUCCACAGCAAGGGCUCCAUGGACGAACUGCAGCCCCUCAGCAGUGUCCCUCCAGAGAGUGACUGGGACAGCAUGGUGUCAGCCCAGCAGCGCAUGGAAUCUGACAGCAGUAAAGUAUGUUCCCUGUACUCCUUCCGGAAUAACUCAACCUCCCCACACAAGCCUGAGGAGGGGGCCCGGGAGCGCGGCGACCUGCUGAGCGGAUCUGCGUUCGGAACGCCGGAACGCCGCAAAGGAAGCCUGGCCGACGUGGUGGACACACUGAAGCAGAAGAAACUGGAAGAGAUGACAAAGACAGAGCAAGAUGAAUCCAGUUGCAUGGAAACACUUCUGUCAAAAGACUGGAAAGAGAAGAUGGACAGGCUCGACACUAGUGAUCUUCUGGGAGAAGUCAAAGGUACUCCAGAGAGCCUGGUAGAGAAGGAGUACCAGCUGAGCACCAUGAUCACUCAGCUGAUCAGCCUGAGAGAGCAGCUCCUGGCCGCUCACGAUGAGCAGAAGAAGCUGGCCGCCUCACAGAUGGAGAAACAGAGGCAGCAAAUGGAGCUGGCCCGCCAGCAGCAGGAACAGAUUGCCAGACAACAGCAGCAGCUUCUGCAGCAGCAGCACAAAAUCAAUAUCCUCCAGCAGCAGAUUCAGGUCCAGGGUCACAUGCCUCCGCUCAUGAUCCCUAUUUUUCCACACGACCAACGAACCCUGGCAGCAGCCGCCGCAGCCCAGCAGGGCUUUCUCUUCCCACCAGGAAUCUCUUACAAGCCAGGUGAUAACUACCCGGUGCAGUUCAUUCCAUCCACAAUGGCAGCUGCGACAGCGUCAGGACUCAGCCCCCUCCAGCUUCAGCAACUGUAUGCCGCCCAGCUUGCCAGCAUGCAGGUCUCUCCUGGAGCCAAGAUGCCGCCACUCCCCCAGCCUCCCAACAACAGCGGGCCCAUCUCCCCCUCCGGCCUGAAGAACGACAAGAGAUCCUCCAGCCCUAUCACUCAAGUCAAGGAGGAGGGAACGCAGCCUCUCAACCUGUCCGCCCGGCCCAAGACGGCAGAGCUGGUCAAGUCCCCCACGUCCCCCACACACAGCCUGUUCACAGGCAGCAAGACCAGCCCCAACAGCCUGUCCAAGAGCGGCAUCCCCAGUCCCCUCGGAGGCAUGGGCCGUGGGUCUUCUCUGGACAUCCUGUCCAGCCUGAACUCCACAGCGCUGUUCGGGGACCAGGACGCGGUGAUGAAGGCCAUCCAGGAGGCCAGGAAGAUGAGAGAACAGAUCCAGAGAGAGCAGCUGCAGCACCACCAGCAGGGCAUGGAGGCCAAGCUCUCUGCCCUCACAGGCAUGGGCCUCAACAACUGCAGCAGGGCUGACAAGGAGCGGGCACACUUUGAGAGCCUUGGUCACCAUCUUAGCAAACUGGGCGAGGAUGGCAAAAUUGGCCACAGAGUCAUCGACCUCACCAGGCCAGAGGAUCUGGAUGGAGGCGCCAGCACAGCCGAGGCACGGGUCUACAGGGAAGCCCGGGGGAGGAACAGCAACGAGCCCCACAUCAAGAGACCCAUGAACGCCUUCAUGGUGUGGGCCAAAGAUGAGCGCCGCAAGAUCCUCCAAGCCUUCCCAGACAUGCACAACUCCAACAUCAGCAAGAUCCUGGGCUCUCGCUGGAAGUCUAUGACCAACCAGGAGAAACAGCCGUUUUAUGAAGAGCAGGCCCGUCUCAGUAAGAUCCACCUGGAGAAGUACCCCAACUACAAGUACAAGCCCCGGCCCAAGAGGACCUGCAUCAUCGACGGGAAGAAGCUGCGCAUCGGCGAGUACAAGCAGAUGAUGCGCUCGCGACGGCAAGAGAUGAGGCAGUUCUUCACUGUGGGGCAACAACCGCAAAUCCCCAUCAGCACCAGCGCCGGCGUGGUCUACCCUGGGGCCAUAACCAUGGCAACGACCACACCCUCCCCUCACAUGACGUCGGAGUGCUCCAGCGCCUCAGCAAGCCCGGAGCCGGCCAUUCCCGUCAUCCAGAGCACCUACAACAUGAAGAUAGAGCCCAGUGCCAUGUUAACCAACGACCCCAUCAUCAACGGAGAGGUAGAUGAGAUGGACAUGUACGAGGACUUUGACGAGGAGCCCAAAUCGGACUACAGCAGUGAGACUGAGACACUGGAGCCCAUCGUCAGCGCCAACUGAGGCCUCUCAACACCCGAGCCGAGACAUACACACAUUCAUACUGGAGAACCAUCCCCAGGGCGGAAGACUGACUGAAGGAGGAGAAACAGAAGAACAAAAAAAUACAGAACAAAAAGAAAUGGUUCUGUUGAUGCAUCAUUUAGGAGCCUGCAUGCAUAUGUGGCUCCGUCAGAAUCAACAGCUAAAGGUCUUAAAUAUUUCUUACAGUGUGUGAAGCCGUUUGGUUUAGUUUGUUUUGUUUUUUGUUUUUUAUUAUCUCAUCGUUUAUUUUUUGUGUUUUGUUCAUGGACAUUUACACAAUUAGGUUAUUGCCCAUACAACUUUGGAUGACAGGACUUGAAAUGUAACGUUUGAUAUGAACCCAUAAUUCUUACAGUCUUACUUUUUUUCUUAUGAUAUACAUAUUAUUUUUUUCUCUUCAGUUAAAUGCUUUUAAUAGAUUUCAUUACUGUUUUUGAUGGGAGUUAUAUAUUCUCACUCAGGUAUGCUGUGCCAGCCAACAGCUUGUGAAUGUUUUAAAUACGAAUUUAUUUGAAACUAUUUAGAAAGCAAAAUAUUUGGAAAUUCAUAUUAACUAAAAACAAACAAACAGAACAAUUCCACAAUUCUGGGACAUAAUCAGACUCCCUUAUUAUUAAUUGUAUUAGUAUUAUUAUUAUAAUUAUUAUUAUUGGUAUUAUUAACAUACUGUACAAUUUUGUGCAGAUGUGCCAAACGUUUCAAGGUUUUUUUCUCUUAAAUAAUUUGUUUGAGUCUCGAGGGAGAGACUCGAGUCUUAGACAAUCUCUUAAUAUCUUAGUGCGGCUUCAAAAUCCAGUUUCUUUAUAUACCUUCUAUAUUGAAACACUCAGGAAUCUGGAGACAGUGUGCUGUGUCUAGGGCAGGAACAGGAAGUGAUGCAAUAGCUUCAGGUGUGGUUGUUCAUAAUGGCAGCUGUUCUCCAUGGAGACCAAUGCGGUGACCAACAGGCCCUUCUCUCCCUGUCCCUCUCCAGCUCAUGUCACCAGCCCAGUCUAACACAGAGCACUAUAACACUCCCCUCACACUCUCUGCUCAUUCUUCAACUCAGUCUUACCAAGUUCUUAAUCAGAGUGAUUGUAAUCAGGCCAGAAUUCCAAGGGGCCAAAGGCAUCCAAUCUGUGGGAUUGGAAAGGCAGCAAAAGGCAGCUUUGGGGGCAUUAUAAUCACAAAUUGCUGUUUUACAAUGUGUAGCUACAGUACAUUCGGUUAAAUACUUUAGCCCCUACUGGGGCGGCAAGUUUUAAAGUCUUUGGUCUUAACAUUUUUAUUUUUAUUUUUAAAUCUUAAGUAUUUUUUCGACAUUGUAAAUCUUAAAUUGACACGGGAAGAUCUUAAAGCAGAGUUAACUACUGCAGCAGUCUUAAGAGAAGAGGCAGUGUGUGAGGGAAUAACAUCGUGUUUUUAUUAAAGGAGGGUUACAGACAAAGUAUUACAUUCUAACGAGUCAUAUGAAACACAACAGUAUUCCAUAAACCACACCAGAUCUGAGAUGGUGAUUCUCUACAUUCAUGCACUUAGAUAUUAACACUUACUACUUCAUUUUUCAACUAAGUUAAUAUUUUAUAUUGAACAAAAUGUUUGUUGUUUUAUAAUGGCCAGUUGCCUAUUUUACAUAAAGUUAAACAUAAGUAUUUUAGAGCAAUUGAAAUUGCACUUCUGUAUUUUAUUUACAUACAGACAAUGAGUAUGAAAUAUAACACAAUCAAUCAGCUCUUAAUCUUGUGACAAUCAGUCACAAACUGAAAGUCCUUUACCUCUUUACCUCCAGUUGAACAGAUCCCAGGUUGUUACCUAUGGAGAAACAGCUAGAGAUGGCCAGCAGUCAAGGCCUUACUGUCCAUAAUACAGCCCUCCUACAGGCCAGAAGGACUAAGUGCCUCCCUCUCUGCCCUGCCCCUGCCCUGUCCCGACCCCUUCCCAUGGCAACCCCCACACCCAGGGGGUGCCAUCUGGCUCAGAGUGGCAGGCAGCGCUAGGCUGGGGAGAGGAGAGAGGGGGAACAAUAAGGACGGGGCACGUAGCACUUAUUGUGCUCUCCAUCAAAGUGCAGGCAGUGAGGCCUCCACCCUGGCUCCCGCCCUGGCCCAGCCACUAUGCGCUGGCGAGCAGAUGGAACAAGUACAUCAAGCUGUGGGGGAUUAUUAAAAUGACUGACGAGUGGGUAUCAUCUCAAAUGCAGCAUUAUUAAUGCAUGAGCCCGGCUAUUCUCCUCCCGUGCCCUUGAACCUGUCCAUUUCAGACCAAGCCCAGAGGUUUAAAAUGAUCUAAAUGGCUGGUCACCAGCUCUGGCUGUCUGCAUGGCCAGGACUCCCUCCUACUGCUGGUCACUGCAUUACUCUCCCAGGUCUAAUUGAUACAGAUGGCUCUUUAGUACUUUAAAUCUUUCUCGACCCAUUCAGAGCUGGCUUUUAUUGUGUUGUGUCCACGUUUGAAGCAUUUAUCUUAAGUCUUAGAAGUUUUUAAGCACCUCAUUAUUAAUUUCCAUUUCAGUUUCUUUUUCUUUUUUUGGUUGGUUGGUUUCUUUGUUGCUAUUGUUGUUUUAAGGUACAAUGCUUUUUUCUAGGAUUUCCUCCCAUACACAAACCUAAACGGAUUUCCCUCCAGGUCAACAUGUCUAGGUUUUUAAGCUGUUACUUCUGUUUGCUGGUUGAUUGGUUGAUUUGUACGUGAUUUGUACAUAUUUCUAUGUCCAUGCCAAACCAAUUCAGUGGGCUGGUAGUUAAAAAAGGACUGUUGAUAGGACUGAAACUUGACUGCGCUUGUAUAACAACAAAAAAAUACAAAAAAACUAAGAACUUAUAUCUCGCAAGGAGACAAUGUUUCAUAAGUGUUAUAAGCACUGGAUAUAAAUUGUAUUUUUAUCAAUUCUGACUAAUGUGAAGCUGUUGUACCAGAAAAAAACCUGAAUGAACAAAAGUCACGACGACUUGGACUCGUGGGCUCGUUCUCACAGUUACCAGAUUUGAAUAAUUUUUCAGUCUACUUGUUUUGUUUAUUUAUGCAAAGACAUGUGUAGUGAAUGAACACUUUGUCUAAGCUCCAGGGCCACCAAGGGGAGAGAGACAGCGCGCGAGAGAGACUGAGCAGUAAACUCAACAGAACGCUUGCAUAGUAACUGGUUAGCUGAGAAACACCGGAUUUCAGACACGCAUUUUAUUGGUCACAUAUGUUUUGUUUUGUAUAUUGUAUUUGAAGCUAUAUAGUGAGUAUAGACAUUUUAUUUAUUAGCCACUGUUGGCUCUAAAAUUGUCAGUAGAACAUAAUGAAAGGACAAUCAGAGAGAAAAAAAAUAUGUUUAAUCAAUUGGAGCUUCAUUUUUCAAUAAAUUCACCAUUUCAUUAUAGAUUUUAUUGUAAAUACAACAUAGGAAAUAGAAUUAUAUUUUUGUUCAUAAGUACUGAGUGAAGUAUAAGUUAUGUAUUUGACUGUUCUUUUUUUCUUCGUUUUUUACAUCAGUGUAUGUUGAUCCGUGUUCUUAAAACUGACAGGUCACUGUACGUCAUGUAGAUUCUGAUUAUUUCUCCCAGUUGAAGAGAGCAGUAUUGGACGGUUGAAGAGAGCAGUAUUGGACGGUUGAAGAGAGCAGUAUUGGACGGUUGAAGAGAGCAGUAUUGGACGGUUGAGAGAGCAGUAUUGGACGGUUGAGAGAGCAGUAUUGGACGGUUGAAGAGAGCAGUAUUGGACAGAGCUGUAGCUGAGAUAGACAGACAGGCCCCUUCUUGCUAGCGUUUCAAUGACCUCCCUCAGACAAUUCAAGGAGCCAAUCAAAACCCAAGCUGUACUCCUUAGCCUUAGACAUUAAGGACAAACAUUCUUUUUAUAAAUAACUUCAUUUGUAUCUAAUUACAUGCACAGUCUGUAAAAAUAAAGUACUCUGUAUCUUUCAUAGGGACAGUGGUAAAAUUCAUCUGAACAACAAGCAGUUAAGAUGUAUAUGUUUUUAUUAUACAACUUGCGUUUGCAAUCAUGACUCAAUCCUAGCGACAUACCUUAUCACUUGUGUUUUGUGUUUUUCACAGCCCUCAGUGGUUAUACUGUUAUGUGCCAAAUUUGAACGGAGGGGUUGACAGUAGCAUAAAUGAAUAGCUACAUUGUAAUUGCACAUCUGCAUGCAUUUGUUACAUUUAAAAUUAGAAUGACCCAAGAGGAUUUUAUUCAUUGGCAAUGUUACACAAGUUCUUGGGGAGCUGAAAUUGAAGGGAGUGUGCAAAUAUUUAUUAGUUUUAACGUGGCACAAUGCAGAGCCACUCGUGUGUAUUCUAGGCCUAUACUCUUUUUGUCCUUUUCUAUGUGUUGCUGACCUUUUUAAAGGCAGCCCAUCCAGCCAUCAGCAAAGUGUAGUUAUGACCUUUUCCUAUGAAUCCAUCUGUCUCUCAGCUAUGUAAAUGCGAACAAAAUUCAACAACUGAAGACUAAGCUUGUAUGCUGUUUCAAUAACUUAACUUAAAUGUAAUGAUUUUUUCUGUCAUUGAACUUUGUGAUGUAUAUGGUGGGAAUGUUCUCUGUGUUCAUGUAAUUAGCACAAUUCACUGACAUGCUGGACUGACAUGCUAGCUGCUGUUCAGGAGUGUAACAUUUGCUGUUGGGGACAACUUAUACAGUUGUCAAUGGUACUUUGCUUUCUAGAUUCAUUUUUUGUCUCUCAAGCAAAACUGUGUGUGGCUCUUCUGUCGCUGGGGCUGUUGCUGUUUUGAAACCGCUGGCAGACUGAUACAGUUUUAGGGCAGGGCAGGUAUUGUUUGGGCGUAACUAGAGAAAAUGAAAUAGUGUCUGUUGCUGCUUUGAAAAAAGUUUUAAUUCUGAAAAUGUAAAUAGUUUAUCAUAAUAUCUUGUACAGUCCAGUGUAAAGUUUUUAAUUGAACUUAAAAAAGGUUGCCAUCACAUUUGUGUUCACUUUCUUCUUCAUACAGUACAAAAGGACAGCUACUUGCUGAGGAUAUUAUUGUUAAAUUAAAAAAGGAAAAGGUACUAAAAUAUUUUAUUUUGCUUGGCUUCAAAAUGUAAACCAGCAAGUCUUUGGUUUCCAUGUGCAGUAUUGACGUGAGGUAAACUUAAGGUGAAAUAAUUCUACAGUGGUAUGUAUUGGAGACCAGUCUCCUCUGUGUUGGUAGUAUUAAUACACUAUAUCAAAUAAAAUACACCAGAUGACUGACACAUUUGGGUGUAUCUAGGCACCUUAGUAAUGUGUGCAAAUAUCUAGGUUGUGUUCCCCACAGGAUGCAUUCAGGCAUAUUGUAAUGUAACAUCAUCUUUCUAUAUGUACUCAAUCCAUUGAUGUAACAAGGCAGGAGUGGGUUGUAUAACUGCCUGUUUAAGCUCAUUUACCUCAAGAGUUUCCUCCUUUUGCGUAAAAGAGUAAGAAAUUGUGUGACAAAGUCUCACCAUCACUCCCAUAUUUUGUACUGCUGUUGACACUUACAAAUUAAAGAGACAUUUUGUUUUAAGA